AUGGCCCUCCACGAGGGCGGUGGACUGGUCGACCCCACAGCUAGCCUGGCUCCCACUCCAAUUCUUCCUUUAGAGUCGGACUUGCCAACAUCUGCUCCUUCAUUCAUUGAGAAUUCGUCAAGCAUAUCCUCGUCCGGAAAGAAUGAACAAUCCUACGACUUUAAGCAGGCACUCAGAGACCUCAUGAAACAGCAAGUGUUUUAUGGAAUAAAGGACCGUCAACUUGGUGUCAUGUUUAAGGAUCUGCGUGUCGUUGGUGCGGGCUCUCGCACCUCGCUCCAGCCCACGGCGGGCUCACUUUUCCAUCCCUCAACGCUUCUGGCCAAGAUAAGGGAAAUUCGCCAUCCUUCCAUUAGAGAUAUUUUGUCUGGAUUCGGGGGUGUGGUCACCCCUGGCGAAAUGCUGCUGGUCCUUGGCCGUCCCGGCGCAGGGUGCUCGACCUUCCUCAAGACAAUCGCUAACCAACGUGGGGAGUAUCAUGCUGUUGAGGGUCAGAUUUUCUAUGACUCGUUCACCUCAGAGGAGAUACAUGACUCCUUUCGCGGCGAUAUUACUUACUGUCCGGAGGACGAUAUCCACUUCCCGACGCUGACCGUCGACCAAACGCUCUCUUUCGCUGUUAGAAACCGUAUUCCUGAAACCCGUCUUUCCAGCCAGACACGCGAGGACUACGUUGAGGAUACCACCACGAUGCUUAUGAAAGUUCUUGGUCUCUAUCGUUCGAAACACACACUAGUUGGUAAUGCCCAGAUUCAAGGUGUUUCCGGUGGCGAGAGAAAGCGAAUUUCUAUCGCAGAAACUUUAGGCUCUGCAGGCUCACUUGGUGCAUGGGAUAAUUCUACUCGUGGACUAGACUCCUCGACUGCCCUUGAGUUCGUCCGCGCCUUGCGUUUUAUCACAGACGCCAGGCGUACAACGACGAUCGUCUCCCUCUACCAGGCGGGCGAGCCAUUAUACGAUCUGUUUGAUAAGGUUUGUGUUAUCGCGGAAGGGAAGAUGGCCUAUUUUGGUCCAGCAAAGUCGGCGAAAGAUUACUUUAUUGGUAUGGGCUUCGAACCGCAAAACAGACAGACUACCCCCGAUUUCUUAGUUGCAGUCACGGACCCACACGGGAGGAAGAUCCGCCCUGGAUACGAGAGCUCUGUUCCGCGAACGGCAGAGGAACUUGCUAGCUUUUUCAUGACUUCUGACCUCGGUCGUCAGAAUCAGGAAGCCAUUGAACGGCGCCGCGAGCAAUGGGUUGGCAAUCACGAACACAAGCAGGCAUAUCUGGCCAGCGUGGCCGCUGAACAUGGCAACACAUCUAGCGUGUAUAUGACCUCUACCUUCCAGCAAGUCAAAGUGGUCAUGAAGCGCAGCGUGCAAAUCAUCAUUGGUGAUAAGUUCGAAUUCUUUAUGCGACUGGCUUCCCAAAUCUUUCAAGCGAUAAUUAUGGGCACCGUUUUUCUGGACACUCCAAAUGACACCUCUGCCUACUUCUCUCGUGGAGGUGUUCUGUUCUUCUCCCUCUUCUUCAGUGCUAUCACGUCUGUUUCAGAAGUUCCAGCUCUUUUUUUCCAGCGUCCGAUCGUGCUUCGACACCAGAAAGCCGCGUUAUAUUACCCUUUUAUUCAGAGUCUCGCGCACACUAUAGUGGACAUUCCGGUCACUUUGAUCGUCCAACUUGUGUUCGCUGUAAUACUCUACUUCCUGGUCGGGUUGCAACGUUCUGCUUCGCAGUUUUUCAUUUUUUACCUUUUCAUCUUCUUAAUGUCACAAACCAUGAAAUCAUUCUUCAGAGCUAUUGCUACAUGUUUUAAAACUCGUCCUAGCGCACUAGCUGUUAGCGGUAUCUUUAUUCUCUUAAUGUCGCUCUAUGGUGGGUACACAAUUCCUUGGCCAACUUCUCCAAAGGGCUUAAGGUGGAUCAUGUGGUUGAAUCCAUUGUGGUGGUCGCUCGGUGGACUUCUUGUGAACGAGUUUCAUACAAUCGACGCAGUUUGCUCCACUCUUGUCCCACAGGGUCCGGGGUACGAGAAUGUUUCACUGGCAAACCAGGUCUGCACGACUGUCGGGUCGCAGCCCGGACAGCUUCUCGUCGAUGGCAACAUCUAUAUUGCAUUGACGUUUGACGUUUGGUAUAGUCAACUUUGGAGGGUAGGCGGUCAUUCAAUACUUCGCGAAUGGCUCAUGACACCACCGCAGAAUUUUGGUGUCCUUUGCGCCUUCUACCUUGGAUUCUUGGCCAUUUUCCUAGUUGCUACAGAAUUCAAUACUCUGUCUACUGCAGACAGUGCUGUCAUUCUCUUCAAGCAAGGAACUUGUGCUGUCGAUGGGGAUUCUAAGGUCUUUGACGAGGAAAAGGCUGAUGCAGAGUUUCUUUCUAAAUCCCUCUCCGGAGUAGCAAAUUCCUCGACUUCCGUCGAUCUCGAGGAGGUUAAGGACCUCUUCACGUGGCAGCACGUGCAAUAUGACAUCCCCAUUGAACGAGGGAUGAAACGUCUUCUCGAUGAUGUCACGGGCUUUGUUGCUCCUGGAAAGCUCACUGCAUUAAUGGGUGAAUCUGGGGCUGGCAAGACAACCCUUUUGAAUGUCCUUGCACAACGUGUCGGUAUUGGUUUGGUAACUGGCGAACGAUUCUUUGGCGGGCAGCCGCUCUCCAUAGACUUCCAAGCUCAGACGCAAGUAUCGUCCUAUGGCUACUGCCAACAACUCGACACACACCUUCCCGAGGCGACUGUCCGUGAAGCGCUCCUUUUCUCUGCUAAUCUUCGUCAGCCACAAUCAGUUCCUCUCGCUGAGAAAGAAGCAUACGUUGACAAGUGCCUUCAAAUGUGUGGUCUAGAGGAGUGUGCUGAUGCUAUUGUUGGCUCUCUUGGGGUUCAGCACCGUAAACGCACCACCAUUGCAGUGGAGCUCGCUGCCAAGCCCAAACUUCUACUCUUCUUGGAUGAGCCUACAUCUGGCCUUGACUCGCAAUCCGCCUGGGCCAUCGUAAAUGUACUUCGUGAGCUUGCUGACCGUGGUCAGGCCAUUCUCUGCACAAUCCAUCAACCUUCGGCGGAGCUCUUCCAGGUCUUUGACAGAUUACUACUCCUUCGCAAGGGUGGACAGACGGUCUACUUUGGCGACAUUGGCGAGAACUCGUCGACCAUGCUAAAUUACUUUGAGCGUAAUGGUGCUCCACGCUGCGGCUCUGACGACAAUCCGGCGGAAUACAUGCUUGAUGUAAUAGGUGCUGGAGCAACUGCAGUCUCUACCACUGAUUGGUACAAUGUCUGGAAGUGCUCACCAGAAGCGGCGCAGCUUCAAGACCAUAUCGACGACUUGCAUCAACAGGGUCGUUCUCACCCACAGAAGCUUGGCAAACAGUACUCUGUCUUCACCACCUCAUGGUUGCACCAGUUCGUUAUGCUCACCCACAGGAAUUUCCAAGCAUACUGGCGCAAUCCUACGUAUAUUCACGCCAAGUUUAUCCUUAAUAUCGCUGGUGGUCUUCUUGUGGGCUUUACAUUCUUUCAGGCAAAUGACUCAUUGCAAGGCACCCAAAAUAAGCUAUUCUCAGUCUUCCUCUCCCUUGUGCUCUGUGUUCCCCUCGUCCAUCAGCUCAUGGCCGUCUACAUCGACAUUCGUACAGUGUACGAGAUACGCGAACGUCCCACUAGAAUGUAUAACUGGACUGCUCUCGUCAUGUCCCAGCUUGUCGCUGAGCUUCCUUGGAAUAUCACAAGUUCAGCGAUAUUCUUUUUGUGCUGGUACUGGACCGUUGGAUAUCCCACAGGCCGGGCUGGUUACACAUUCCUCACCCUCUCCAUCGCCUUCCCGUUCUACUAUACCACGCUUGGACAUGGUAUCGCAUCCAUGGCACCAACCGCUCCAGUUGCAUCCAUAUACUUCACAACUCUCGUUAUCUUUAUGCUGAUCUUUGAUGGCGUCGUUCAGCCGUUCUUCGAGCUGAAUUGGUGGAAAUGGAUGUACAGGGCCUCUCCCUUCACGUACAUAAUCCAGGGCCUCCUUGGUCAAGCUGUUGGCGGCCAAACCAUUAUCUGCUCCUCUACGGAACUAGUCUCCGUGGACCCGCCGAUGGGUAUGACCUGCAGCGAGUACAUGGAUCCGUUCCUCAAAUUCGCUGGUGGCUACCUCACAAACCCCGGAGCUGCAGAGGGUUGCCAGUACUGUCCCUACAAGACCACUGACGAGUAUAUGUACUCGAGGUUCAACAUUAAAUACAGUGAUCACUGGCGAAACCUGGGCAUUAUCUUUGGAUUCGCUGCGUUUAACAUCAUUGCGAUAUUCUGGCUCACGUAUUCUAUGCGCAUUCGCAGUGCUAGCGUGUUUACUUCUCUUAAGCAGAGGUUAGCUCGUGGCAAAUUGUAG